AUGGCUUCUCUCAUUCGGCGCGAAUCUGUCGAUGAAAAGUCCGCCUCCCCGGUUCAGGAGAAGCAGGCUUUUGAGGCUAGUGUCCAGCCAGUUUUCGAAUCUGCUUAUGAUAAGAGUCAAAUUGACGGUGAUGGAGCCCUUGAGCUCGUGGGGUUUGAGAGGACCCAGGAGUUCAGCGAUGAGUACAAUCGCAAGCUGCUGAGAAAAUUGGAUUUCAUUAUCCCUCCGAUUUGUGCGGCGGUGUAUUUCACACAGUUCCUGGAUAAGACCUCUCUUAAUUAUGCAAGUAUCAUGGGUCUGCCUAUCAAGGGACAGGACUAUAACCUAAUAUCUCUCGCGUUUUAUGCCGGUAUAUUACAAAAUUUUUAUCUGGUUUCUCUGUAUAAUUGGGAUUCUGCAGGAUUCUUGGUUUGGGAAUUCCCUAGUGUCUAUAUUUCCCAGAAGUUUCCGGUAGCAAAAUUCUUAGGAAUCAAUGUUUUGCUCUGGGGUGCUGUUGUCAUGCUUCACGCGGUCGCAAAAACAUUCAGCCAAUUCUUUGCUCUGCGUUUCUUGCUUGGAAUGUGCGAGUCUUGUGUCUCCCCCAUCUUGGUCCUCAUCAUCUCAAUGUUCUACAAGAAAGAGGAGCAGGGUAAACGAGUUGCGGCAUUCUACAACGGACUCACGCAGAUCUUCGGUGGCUGUGUCGCGUACGGCGUGGCGCACACACACGACCCGAACCUCGUCUCAUACAAAAUCAUAUAUAUCCUGCUUGGGGGUCUUGCCAUUAUCGUGGGGGUCGUCGUGCUUCUCUUCCUCCCCGAUUCGCCCGUUCACGCACGGCUACUUACCAAGGAGGAGCGAAUAGCCGCAUUGGAGCGCGUGCGUGACGGUCAAGUGGGUACGGAGAACAAGCAUUGGAAGAAGGACCAGAUUUUCGAGGCGCUGAUGGAUGUCCGUACAUGGCUCAUCAUCUUGACGGUCAUGUUGACGAGUAUUCCUUCCGGUGGUCUUACCAAUUUCAGUAACCAAAUCAUUGAGAGCUUCGGCUACAGCACAGAGCAGACCCUGAUUUUGAGUACACCCGGAGGGGCAAUCUUCGCGUGUAUGAUUGUAUUUUGUGGAUGGUACUCAGACCGAAAGAAUGACCGCAUGGUACCAAUCGUCAUCUGUCUAAUCCCCACAAUUGUUGGAGCGGCCAUGCUCAUUGGUCUCAACGGCAGAGCGGAUGAGAAAGGUGCUCUCUUGUUUGGAAUUUAUCUCACCUCUACUUUCGGAAGCGCACUUUCGUCUGUGUAUGCGUACAAUGCCAGUAAUACGAGUGGUCACACAAAAAAGAACACCAUUAAUUCUCUUACAAUGGUUGCAUUCGGCGUGGGCAAUAUCCUCGGUACAGAGAUCUUCCAACCGGCAGAUGCACCUGCGUAUAUUCCCGGGAAGAUCGCAAUCAUGGUCCUACUUACAACGCAGCUCUUUCUCUCGUUCCUGAUACGAUGGAUAAAUCAGAGGCUAAAUUCUAAACGCCUAGUCGCCCUUGCAGAAGCAAAGGCUAGGAACGGAUGGACAGACGAAGACGUGCAAAAGGAGCGGGAGCGUCACGCGUUCUUGGAUCUAACUGACAAGCAGAACCUGUUCUUUGUUUACACUACGUAA